ACACACUUCUAGCAAAAUAGUCUUACUGUAUAGUAAAUGAGCUGUUACAGAUACAUUUGUAAUAAAUGGAGAAAGCAUAGUUUAAGCGCAAUAAUAUAAAAAAAAGUUCAUCAAACACAAACUUGUUAGACAAAAUUUCUGACAAAUCCAAAGAAGAUUGUUUAAAUCGUUGUUUUGUUAAAAAUUGAUUUCUCUUUUGGAUUUCGUAGUAAUUUGUAGCAAAAUAGCAUAUAAGAUUGAUUAUUUGUUGUUUAGUUUGCUUAUGCUUGCAAUAACAACUACAACGCUGCAAAAAUUGUUCUAUUUUAGUUCUCAGGUACCAAAAAGUAUUUUUAAGUCAACAAAAACAAAAAGUCGGCAAAAUGUUACAAGUGGAUAUGGGACUCUUCCAUUGACGGAAAGAGAAGCAAUCGCUACUUUGGUUCCUAGUAUUGGUAAAACACAAUCAAAAGGCGUAAUAACACACGGAAGAGCACAGACACCAGAUUCAACUAAAACGGUAUCUUCAAAUGCAUUUAUUGCAGUUGUUGUAGUGUUGGCAGUUUUUGUAGUUGUCUGCAUAUUCCUCUUUCUUAUAUUGUUACGAAAGCACAGAAGUAGGACAGAUCAAGAUGCAGAUGUUAUAGAACAAGGAAAAAUUCUGGUUUUGGCGACCCAAAAUAACAAAAUGGAGAAUGACAAUGUUGUAAACGGGAACCAAGAUAAAACCGCUGGUGAAAUUGAGAACGAAGUAAACAAAGACAAUGUAAAUGAACAAAGCAAAAAGACAACCAAUGAUUCCGCUCAUAAUAAUGAUUUUCGUCGAGAUGUAUCAUGCAGUGACAACGGAUUUCCGAAUAAUACUAAAGACAUUGAAGUUAAAAACGUAGAGGAAUUGCCAAUAGCCAUUAUGGGAAUUUUUGAUAACAAAAAAGAUAUAUUAUUCCCAGUUGAACAUUCAGAUGUUGAUAGAAUUGACAUAACUGUCGGAGAACUACUGAUUGCUGAAAAUACAGAGGAUGUGCAUCAGACAGAUUGUAUGGAAAAGCAAACACAAAUGCCUUUUUCGAAAGCUCAAAAAUUAGAUAAAGAUAGUUUAAAUACAAAUUCAACAAUUGGGUAUACACAACUGACAGAACAUAACUUAAAACCUGUGACACAAGCCUCAGAUGAAAGAUUAGAUCAAAUUACAGAGCAGGUCAGUAGUGGAACCGGUUCUGAAGAUUUUCAACAUUUUUCGCCAAUGUCCUUUGAUAAAGGCCCAGGUUCUCUACAAAAAUAUGGUGAAUUAGUUUCAGUUUCAGUUUCGAAUGGUAGCACGGAAGGGACAGAGAUCAUUACAAGCGGUCUAGAAUGUUUUAAUUAUAAAUUAACUGGACCGAUAACACCAGUUCAUAGGGAAAGUAUUCAACCCAAGCAGAUUAUUGUUAGAAAUGAUAGUGGCGUUUGUGAUAGUGGAAAUGGAUAGCGAUGACUAUUUAUCAUUGAAGUGACUAGGCAGUUAAAUUUAUAAAUAUAUUAGAGAGACGAUGAAAUCAGAGAAAGUUCAGGGCUUUAUAGUACUUUAUUAAAAAGAAUGUAUUAGAUAUUUCUUAAAGAAGGGAAUUGGACGAAAAAGUGCAUUAGACAAUAGCUUUCACUAUAGGCAGCUGCACAACCGUGUUAAGUGUUCGUGUACAUGAUAUUGUAGUUUUAUACAUUAAUUAGUCUUCGCAUUCCAGGUUGUACUGUUUAUGGAAGUUUCGUGUACAUUUUAUGUAAACCUUAUACAAUACCUAUGGAACUCAAUUUUAAAAUAUACCUGUAACGUUAAUCUUUUGUUCAAACUCUCCAUUAUUUUUUCUGGAAUGGAGAGUUAUUUUGUAUUGUGCAUUUUCAUUCGUCUGUACGUUUUGCCGUUUGGCUAUUAGCAUGGGCACUUUCUUAAAAAAAGUGUUCACCCGUGGAAUUAAGCUAAAGGACGUAAUGCGAUAUUGAAUGAAGAUGAUAACCUAGUGAAAGUCGUAAUUCCAUCGUAUGAAAUAGAGUAUCGUAUUCAUUAAAAUUCUACAAAAAUAUCCGCAGUUUGUUUUCCAGCAAAUCUUGGCUGAAUUUCCGUUACAGAUAUCAUCUAUUGCGUGCCAUACAUCAUUUGUGCAUCUGCAACCAACUUUAUUUGCUAAUUGAAAAGCUGAAUAAAAUCAUUUAAGACAGCAGGGAAGAUUA